UUUGAUAGUUUAUUUUUUAUCUGAACUGCCAUGCUAGCAGACGUUAGCCUGAUUAUUGAGCAGAGCAGCUGGUAAACCCCCAGGCUGGACUUUACAGGAAUGUGUUGCUCAUUCCUCAGCAGAAAUUCUGACUUGGAGGUGAUGCAACAGAACAAACGACUCCCACGAUUCAGUGACACUUCAAACACAGAAACAAAACGUCCUCAAACGCACCAGCACCGCAGCUUGAGAACCACCGCUCUGAGUCUGCAUUGCAUCUUCAGGAUCAGUGAGGCUAAAACCAUCAGAGGAGAAGGAAACGGCUGCAGAAACGAGGCGAUCGUCACUAUUUAUGUUUUGAGGAAACUGCGGCUGAGUGACCCUUUAUUCUCAGAAAACUGAUCCGUCCUGGAUUUAUUAAAGACAAACUUUCCAGUUACACCAGAGAAGAAGAAGAUGAUGGACAUUAAAUGAAGAUGCUGAUCUCAUAGUGUGAUGGCUGACGUCACCCUGCGGUUGGUCUGAUUGGAUCGGCUUUCUUCCUACAGACUCUAGUCCUUGAUUGGCCAGUUGUCUGCAGAGACCCUUGGAUUUGAUUGGCCACCAUGCUGAACGUCACAGGCGGGUUGUCGGAGAACCAGAGCUCAGUCAGCUGUGAGAGGCCGUACGGGGAGGACCGGCUGCCGCUGCUGGUUCUCUACAUCGCCGUUCUGGUCGUCGGUCUUCCCGCCAACGUGCUGACUCUCUUCCUCACCUGGCAGCAGGUGCGCAGGAAGAACGUUCUUGGUGUUUACCUGUGGAGCCUGUCGUUGUGCGACCUGACCUACCUGUUCACGCUGCCGCUCUGGGCGGACUACGUCAACAACGGUCACGAAUGGCGGUGGAGCUCGACGGUCUGCAAGCUGACGGGCUACAUCUUCUUCACCAACAUGUACAUCAGCAUCUUCCUGCUGUGCUGCAUCUCCUGCGACCGGUACUGGGCGGUGGCCUACAGCCUGGAGUCCCGCGGUCAGCGGCGGCUGCGCCACGCCGUGGUCAUCACGGUGGUCAUCGUCCUGGUGGUGGCCGUGGGCCACAGCGCCGUCUUCACCAUGAGGGAGGGAAACGUUCAGGGCUUGAAGCGCUGCUUCGAGCCGAGCCAGAGCAGCAAGGUGAUGAGCUUCAGCUACGCCCGCUUUGUGAUCGGCUUCCUGCUGCCGCUGCUGCUGCUGGCGGUCACCAACCGCCGCGUCCUAACCAACGUCCAGCGCAGCUCGGGCCUCCACGGCGACCAGAAGCGGCGGGUCCGGCGGCUGGCGGUGGCAGUGGUGCUGCUGUUCCUGGUCUGCUUCGGGCCGUACCACCUGAUCCUGCUGGCCCGGGCCGUCAUCAGCCAGUUCCCCCAGCUGGUGGACUCGCCCUGCAUGUUUGAGGAGACCAUGUACACGUCCUACACCAUCUCCCUCGGCCUGUCCACCAUCAACAGCGCCGUCAACCCCAUUCUCUACGUCCUGUCCAGCAACAACAUCCGCAAGGAGUGCCGCCGCGGACUCGCGCAGAUCUGCGUGUCGGCAUGUCACGGACCGUCGACCAACAGCAGCCAAAUCAAAUCCUUGGAGAUGAACGCCGGAACCGACACCGAGAGACAUCCGGUUGGACCAGAAGAGACCUUAGAGACCAGAUAGAAAGUGACCGGAUUGCUGAAUCCACAGGCGGGUCUCUGGAGUCUAAAGGUUCACACCGGUUCUGUCCAGUCCGCUUUAACCCAACUCCAGUCCGUUUGUCAAGGAAGUCCAGUUCGGUUGAAGUGUGGACGCUAACUGACCUCUGGUCCUCCAGUCCGGUCUGGGAAAAUUAACUCUGGUUCGGUCUGAUAUGUGAACACCAAUCGGACCGGAGACCGCUGCAAAAGCAGGAAGUGGACUUCAACACAGGACAUUCUGGGGAAAUGAAACCAAAGCUAACGUGCUAGCCUAGCGCUAGCAGCAGAAAUGGCUUCUGGUCUUUAGCCAAA